AUGGGCCACAAUGCAGAGUCUCAACGCGGAUCGACAGAGGUGGUGGGCUCGGGCAAGGCGAAGGAGGACGUCGAGUCGGUUCGGGCGGACAACUCGGUCGAGACGGACAACUCGGUCGAUCAGGACAUGUUAGAGAAUUCGACAACAACCAUGAUGCCGAUGGCCGGUGACACUGAUACGUCACCAAUGCCGGCUCCAGUGCCGCCGACGUCGUCGUCGUCGACGGAUGCAGGCGGUUGGCUGCGAUGGGUGGCCUCGCUGGGCGUGGCAGAGUCCACAAAGGCUGUUGCGUCGCUGCUGCUGGCUACUUACUCGGAGCUGGGCGAAUGGUCGUUGACCGACCUCGCUGUCGGCCUUUCGUAUCUCCAGGCAGAGAACACCGCAAAGUGGCGUCCGCCAUCGACAGAUCGUGCUUUUCUGCACCGCGAGCUCAUUGAUGUGGGCAUGCAUUACGCACUGUUGGCUCAGGCCGCGUACGCUCGCUCGCCAGCCGAGUGGCGCCAGCUGAUGGCCCCGCUAGCGUUGUCGCGACUUCCGACUUCACCCGAGUCUGCAGCUUCGCCGGUUGAUGCCGUUGCAGGCUUUGAGCUCAUCAAGCUCGAACCAAAGUCGACGCUGCUCCGCCCGGGCUACUUUAUUGCCGUCGACCACACCCGUCUUGAGAUCGUCCUCGCCAUUCGCGGGACCGACAACAACCUCGACCUGCUCACCGACUGCUGUGCAUGCGGCGUGCCGUUUGAAGACGGCGGCUUUGUCCACUCGGGAAUGCAUCGUGCUGCGCUUUGGUUCCUUCACUCGGAGCUGGCUACUCUCGUUGAGCUGCUGGUCGGCGAUCCACGCCGCCACAUCACUCUCGUUGGCCACUCGCUCGGUGGCGGGACUGCCGCGCUCCUUGCUGCACUACUCCGCCCGCAUGACGAGCAUGUCCAUGCCUUUGCACUUGGCCCGCCUCCGUGCGCUGACCUGGCAACCUCGAUCGCCUUUGACCUGUCGGGAGUGUGCACCUCGUUUGUGUGCAACAACGACAUUGUGCCGCGGGCCUCGCUCUCGGCCCUCGAACACCUGCGUCGCGAGAUCAAGGCCUUUCCGUGGUGGGAGCGGGCUAAGGCCGACAUGUUGGCGUCGCCGUGGCUCGCUCCACCGGUUGCCGCCGUCUCCUCAGUCGCCGCCGUUCUGCCCGACAUCCAGCCACCGGCCCAGCUUGUGGCAGCCUCCUCGUCGGUUUGGAACGCGUCGGUUGCCACUAUGUCGACCCUCGCCGCGUGGCUUCGUCCGACCUCAGUCGCCGUCGGUGUAGCCGAACCCGACCCGUUUCAUGUCGAAACCUCGGCCCUUGAUGCUCGCAUCGACCUCGUUCCGCCGGGCAAGCUCUAUCACGUCUUCCGCGACGACGCAGGCGACCUUUCUCCGAAUCAACAUGGUCGACUCCAUCUUUGA